AUGCUGUUAAAUGCGUUUGAAAGAUCCGCCUGGAGAAUCGUGGCGUCACUGUGCAUGCUCAUGUAUGAUCUGGCGGCGUGGAUUAUCGCCUCGCUACCUCCCUGGACGGCGACGCAGUACUGGAGUGGGAGGAAAUGUGCUCGUGCCGCUUCUGCUAGUGAGGAAAGUGCCGAUUUGGCCGCGAGGCGUAGGACACAUUCUCCUACAGCUAUGGGCCGAGUCCCUCCUUCUGGCUUGGCGAGAGCGAUGAGGCGGGAGGAUGUGAGCAAGGAGCACACCUCCUCGGGGAGUUUCCCUCGGAGGAUUGUGCUAACGAGAGCGUGGAGGUGGGUGGUAACGGCUGCGUUGGCGAUAGCUGCAUCCCUGAGGUGUUCGAACGUCAUCCCUGACGGCCCUCCCCCCACUCCGUUUUCGCAGCGGCACAGAAUUUUCGCGAAUGCAGCUGAGGUGAUGGUCACCACGUGGGCCUCGUCCGUUGAUGUCCAGUCAAUCUGUCCUGGUGGUGCGGAUGCGGCUCGGGGGGUUGUUGCCACAUUCACUCGACUCUCAACUCCUGGGGCAGCUUCACCUUCAUCCCCUCCACUUCCUUCGGUCGUUGAUACUGCGGCUGGCUCGGCAAUAAAGCUAGUCUCGCCGCUCGUUGGAAGCCGUUCUCCCGGCCUCGACCCCGCCCCGCAGCUCGCUGCCGCCCGCCUCUGCCUCCUCGUAAUGCCUGUGGCGGUUGGCGGCGGUUCCCCGGUGCCGUGUUCGCCGCGGCCGUUUGGCGUGGCGUCAGCUGCGCUUGCCUCGCCGGUGCGGUCGGCGCCGGUUGCCCCUGUUGCGGCAAUGUCUGUCGCGGGUUCUCCUGCUCGCGCGUGCUCCACGGUAGUCGACUCUGGACGAGAGUCGGCGGGUGUGGCCGUCCGACAGCGAGUGGUGUCGCCGGCGCCUGUGCCUGCCUUCGUUCUGGCGCCUGCGGCCGGCGUGGCGCCUCUCCCUGCUCCUGGCGCGGCGCCCUCUCCCGCGCCGCAUGUUCCGGUGUUGCCGUCGCCUGCUGAGACGGCGGCUGUUGCUGGGGUGGCACCUACGUCUGGCGUGGCGCCUCCUCUUGCGCCUGUGGCACCGCCCGUGGUGUCUCCUGCUGCAUCCCUUGAUGCACCGGGCGGGAAGUCUGCCCCUCCGCUCCCCGCGGCUUCCGCGUCUGGCCCCACCCUUCCUCCUGUAGUGCAGCAGCGUAACUCCCGUCCCCAUUCGCCCACCCCCCGAGAUGAGCGAGAUGUAUCUCGUCGACGGCGUGAUUCCCCUCGCCGGCGGCAGCCGCACGCGAACUGGCAUGCGCACCAGGGUGGUUGGAGGGGAGGUCGCGGUCGCGGGCGUGGCGGGUGGCUGGACGCGCCAGCAACGAUCGCGGACGUGCGACAGAUUGUGACAGAGGCGUUCCGCGACGGUCAGGCCGGCCCAGCGAGUCAGUACAGCUCGCGGCAUGCGCCUCCAACGCCGUCUGCUCCCCUUCCGGUCGCUCGCCCUGUGGUUGCUCCGGCGCCGGCGGUGUCACUGCCGGCUCCCUCAGCCCCUGCUCGCAGUGGUGGAGCUGGGCUUCCUCGGCUACAGCUUCCCUCCCUGGCGGAGGAGCUCCUUCCCCCGCGGGCCGAAGUUCCGGAGGCGACUCUCGGCCAGUUGUGGAGGCUCUCGGAGAGCCUCCGUGCGCUCCUGCUUGUGCAGUCCCUGGCGCACGGGUCUCUUCCGCCUGUACCGGCGGAAUCUCUGCUUGACGGCCCGCGGGACGACUGUCUUGAUGCGGCCGACCAGAUUGCCCUCCUCCUAGCGCCUGUGUUGGCCGCGCCCGUGCGGGGAGGCGUUGGGGCUGUGGGGCAACUGGACGCGGCUGUGCGGGACUUACGGAGGUACCUGCGGGCAGGUUCCGGAGCCGACGCGAUUGGCGCCGCCAUUCUGGUGGUCCGCUCGGUGUGGCAGACGAUGACGGGCAUUCUGCAUGCUUUGCAGGCGGAUCGGAUGUAG